AUGUCGGAAUGGUUUGGCGUUUCGACCGGUGUUCAGUCUAAUCACCCUUCUACUCUGAACUCCCUUCCAAAUACGAUUGUAGCUGAUGAAGCAGAAGCCAAUGUGGAUUCAUAUGGUCUUGAAGUUCUGUUCAACGAGAAUUUCACAGACUGGACUACCAUGGCACCGUCACAUGAAUCGGCCGAGGAAAUAUUGUAUGCCGCUGAAACUGGAAACUUUCAGAAUCCGGCUGAUUUCUUCAGGGUGGGUUAAUGAUUUUUGAUUUUUAGUUUAAAAUUUAAAUUAAAAUUUGUUUAAAUUCUUAUUUUUAUAAGUAAAAGUACUAUGACUUUAUAAAGUGAGCAGAAAAAAUGUUUGGUAGAGCACCAACUAAGUUUUGCCGUUGAUUUGCAUUGGUUUAUACUUUCCAAAGCGACAAGACUUUUUUGUACUUUUUGUGUUACGGGUUCUAGUGCUAUACUUUAAUGGUACAGAUAUAGUAUUCUAAGUUCAAGAAAACUAUUAACGUAUUUUACUAUAGAUUUUGAAAAAACUUGAACUUUUUAAUUUUUAGGUAUGAAAGUGUUUUAGAAGAUAUUUUUUGCAAAAAGUUAUUUGCGUACUCUCAAAGCUACCUGAUACGUGUACCAUUUUUACUAUGUAAUUAUAAUAGAGUUCAAACAUGGGCGUAAUGACUAGGUUCAACAAGGAGAAACGUAUAAAAGCUACCAUAGAAUGAGAAGUGUAUUUAAAAAUACAUGUAGUUUCAAUUACUAUUAAAAUAAAAUUAAUUGAAGUGACGUAGUUGAUUAGUAAUAGUACUUGGCUCAGUACUGUAUUAUGAACGUAUUUUUUACAAGUACAUAAUAUAUUAUACUGUUAUGGUUAGUGCUGAGCCGGGUAAUUGAAGGACUUGAGAGUGGACGCGGAGGGGGAGUUCUCAUAUCUUUGCGUGAGGCUUAGAAUUGAAAAAUGCCCUCUAGGCUUGGGGCUGGGCUAGGCCGACGCAAAAUUCAUAGGUAAGCCCUAGAGCCAAGGCUUAGACAAAGAGCUGCUUCACAGACCGGGCCGAAAAAUAGGGUUUGGUCUGUUUAUAGAGUUAAAAAGAAGUAGGGAGAAUAAUUUUUACAAAAAUAUGUUUUACAAAAGUUGCGCUGUAAACUCUUACUUUAUUUUGCUUUUUUACUCCUUCUUUUGUGAAUAAAAAUCUAAAACCAGUGGCAACACGGAAACUUGGUUUGUCCUAUUUCGGCCAAACUUGAUUACAUUGUUUUGUCUACUCUUCCUAGAGUAUAGUACUCAAUCAAUCACUAAUCGGUUGUAAACAUCCUUGAGGACAAAGGCUUUUGCAUAGUAAAGGGUAAAUAUUUUUAAAAGUUUAUUUUGGAAUCGCAAUGCGAGGUACAAUAUUUAAAGUAGGGUAUUUUUAAUUUAGUAUUUCAUUCAAUUUUGGGGCUAGGACUAUGCUUAAGGGGAGGGCUAGGGCUAAAGAUCGGGCUAAGAGAUAUUACUAUGGCAAAAAAGUUUUGUCGUUUUUGACUGUAUAAAUUAGCUUAAUUUGGCGACAAGACUUUUUUCAGGUACUAAGAAAAAUAGUAUUUUACCUGUAGUUUCCCAACACCUCUAACGUACCAUGUGUUGUUUUCAAGUACUUCCUUUUACACUAGCACAUAAAGCCUUGUAAAGAAAGUGUUUUUCCCCAAUUUUGAUUAAUUUUGCAUACGAGAAAAGGGAGAACUAAAAAUUUAUGACAUUUGCCGGACGACAACAUCAUUUUAAAGAAUUUUUUGGGUCGAAAAUUACCCGAAUUACGCGUUUUUUGCAAUUUUUCGUUUGACGAUUGUACCAACAAGUCCAUUAUUUAAAGUUGGUCAUGAUAAACACGAGAUAACUGUGCUUGAGUACGUAUUUGUACAUAGAGUAGGGAAGAGUAGGGUAGGGUAAGUUAAGGCAGGGUAGGAUAAAAAACUGUGAAGUAGGGGGACGCAAGGUAGGGUAAGGCAGAUCAGAGUAUAGUAGGAUAAGGCAGGCUAGAAUAGGGUAGGGUAUAUGAGAUUAGGUUGAUGUAGGACAAGGUAGAGUGCAGUAAUGUACGGUAGAAUAGGGUAAUAUAGAGUAUGAUAAGAUAGGGUAUGGCAGGGUAGGGUAUAUUAAAAAUAGGGCGACAUAGGAAAGGGCAAGGCAAGGCAAGGCAAGGCAAGGCAAGGCAAGGCAAGGCAAGGCAAGGCAAGGCAAGGCAAGGCAAGGCAAGGCAAGGCAAGGCAAGGCAAGGCAAGGCAAGGCAAGGCAAGGCGCAGAGUAGGUUUGGGAAGGCAGUAGCUUCUUCUAGCAAAGUUAGUACUAUUAAUUACUCGUUUUGAGUUAUUUUCUUUGCACUAUACCUUUUUGAGACAAUCUUAUCGGAUAUUCGGAUAUUAAACUUUCAAAGAACAUUUUUGAGAGCACUUUUCGGCUCAAUAUUAUAAAGUUUGGCACAAAUUUGAAAACGAAAAUUAAAUAUUUUUACGUGAAAAAAUAUGUUUGUGCUUACAUGUUUGUACUUGUAAAUAUUAAUUAAUAUUUUGAUAUUACACUGAAGUUUUGAAGAGAACAACAUGUAUGUGCUUGGAUGUUGCAUAUAGUUGGGUAUUAUUGUCAUUUUUGUCACCUUCUGGUACAAUUUUAAAAUUUUUAGGUAAAAGGAAGAAGGGGGGGGGUGUGUUGUCAACUAAAUUUGACCUUUUUUCAUGUAAUAUUCGAAAGGUUAAACUAAAAUUUUCUAAAUUUACUUAUUGAAAUUACAAGGUAUGGCCAAGUGUAAUUCCUUGUGCGAUAAUUAUACUUUCAAUGAAUUUAAUUAUAAUCUAUAACUUUACUUUUCUUAAAUUUUCUUGUGCUUUGAAUUUAGUAUUCAUACGAUUUGUACCUUACAUACAUGCUCUCUACUAUAAUAUCAUAGUUAUGACUUAUUGGUUUGUAACGUGUUUGAUAGGAUAUGCGUGAGAUAGGAAGUGAAAACGUUAAUAUCUAAACUGAUUUUUGUUUCAAAGUAGUGUAAAGUAGUGUAAGGUAGGGCAAGGCAAGGGUUGAGGCUAGGGAUGAGUCUAGGGCUUGGGCUAGAGCUAGAGCUAAAACUAGAGUUAGAGCUAGAGCUAGAGCUGGAGCUAGAGCUCUUGGCCAGGGCUCUGGGCUAGGGCUCUGGGAAAAGGCUCUGUGCUAGGGCAGGGUUUUAAUUAAAAAAAAAGUUAAAAUAUAUUAAAAAAAUUUUUUUUUGUUUAUUUUACCUACUACAAUAUAACAAACGUCUACGUUUUCAGGACAUAUUGGCUUCUCGAAACAUGACAUCGCUUGACUUCCAGAACAUUAAUUAUUCACAUUACCCAAUAUCGCCGCCAAAUUAUGUAAGAUUCGCUAAAUUGUUUAUGUCUGUAAUGUCUGGUUAGAAAGCAAUAUUAAAUUUGACACGGCUUGUUAUAGUACAAGAGUUAUACCUUAGUAAAAACGAUAAAUUUACAUAUAAUAGUCAAAAUUUCAGAUUUUUUACGUUUUAUUAAUAAAAUUUUGCGAAUUAGCAUAUCUUUUCGUAUUUUACGCUAAUUUCUCCAAAUUUUUCAGCCAAUGUUAAUAUCAGUCAAUAUAUGCAACACUCUCGGCUUACUCUGUAUAUUUCUCAACUGUUUUGUAGUAUAUGCUUUACUGCGUAACAGAAGAAGAGUAUUGGCCAAUGUUUUCUAUGUACUUGUCCUACAUUGUGCUUUCGUGGAUCUUAUACGAGGUACUUGCUUGGUGGCAUGGGGAAUGCCAAAUCUUUUGAUCAAUCAGCUAAAUACUGUUCAGGAUCGGUUGUUAUUGCUUAAGGUAGGUUUUUGAAGGUUGGAGAGAUGAAAAAUGUUAUGUUAUGGCAAGGGUUUAAUAAGAAACUUACAAAAACAAGGGGUAGAUUUUUCAAAAUUUUUAGUAGUUGGGGUGGGGCGAGGUCGAAAAAAAUGAAGAAAAAUUUUAAAAUUUUAAAAAUAAGCUUAAGUUCAAUUUUUUUUAAAUUUUCAAGCGGCUUUGAACGAAUUGUAAUAAGAUGAGGCAGCCGGAUGUCACUUUUGAUAAUUUUUUAAUUUUUUUAAAUUAAAAAAAAAAUUUUGCAGAUAAAUCAAUUCACGUUGAUCGUGCUACGAUCAUGUAACUUCUUAACAAUCUUCAAUUUGCUAGUUUUUACUACAAACGAGUUCAUUGUCAUCAAGUUUCCAUUACAUUAUCGAAGGUACUUCAGAAGAAGGACUGUGUUGGUUAUAUUGGCUUGCAGGUAGGUUUUUUAUUUUUAAAAUUUAUUCGAAAAAUUGUUUUUUUAAUUUUUUUGCAUGUUUUAGUUUUUGGAUUUUUAAAGGUGGAAUUAAAAAAAAAACUUUGCAUUAGCCAUAUAUUAGGUUGUUCAAAUAAUUCUGCACCUCCUUUAAAAUCAAAUUUUUGAAAUUAUGGGACCCAGAAUUAUUUGAAUAGUCUAACCUUAGGUUGUUCAAAAAAUUCUGAGCUUUUUGUAAAAGCAAAUUUUUGUGGUUAAGUGACUCAAAAUAGUUUUAAAUCAGCUUAUAAGGCAAGAAGUGCCAUAGUAUAAACUAUAGUAUAAGAGAAGUUGUAAACUACGCGACGUCAACUGCUAAAAUAAGAGUAAUAUUUUAAUUUAAAAUGCCAUUUUAGUUGGAUAAUAUCAGUAUUCUUUGGAGUUGGAAGCGUUUUCUCCAACUUUUUCCCAAGUGCUCAUUCUGUACUCGUACUAACGAAUGGUACUGCUUACCUUCGUGGGAAGUCAUGUAAGUAUUUUUUUUUAUAAAACGCAUGUAAUUUCAAUGUUAUGAUUUUACUUGUAUUUGAUGGUUGAGCUAGUAAAUAAACUGUAAACUGUAAACCGACAAAUCGUAUUUUUCAUUACAAUUAUAUAAAAUGACAAAGUUUAGCCAUUAAAAACUGGUAUCGAUUUGCCAAGCUUUUUCUGGCCUUUUUGCGACAUUUUUUGAUUUUCUUUAAACUUAUUGACCGGUAUGAAAAUUUAUAUGUUAAGUAUACAAAGCCGAUGAUUUUUUACAUCUGAUUUUACAAAAAGUGCCGUUUUAGAUUCACGAGGGCCAGGACUAACGAGACGAGAAAUGGACGGAGUAUCGAUCAACGUGAUAUGCAUGUUGAUGAUCUUUGUCUUGUGUUAUCUCUGCUUGAUCAUUGUUUUGGUGAGUGAAACUUUGUUUUAUUUAAAAUUGAGUUAAUUUUUAUUUUAUUUUUUAAAAAAAAAAUUUUUUUAAAUUUUAAUUUUUGCAUUGUGCAGUUUAAUUUUCUUGAGAAAAAACUAGAUUUUUUUUAGAAAAAAGUCAUUUUAAGGGACAGGAGUAAAGGUAAAAUAGAAAAAUUUUGGCCGAUACUAUUUUUUGGUCUUUCAGUACACUUCAAAUAAAAAAAUUCUAAAAUUUUCAACUUUAAGAUUUGUUACGGCACAAUUCUCCGAACAAUUCGUCAAUUCCACUCUGGUGACAAAAAGGGUCGAUUUAACAAUGAAGAAAGCCAGAAAUUCAACCGGUCGACAAUGCAUUCAACUCAUCAUUGUUCUUCUCAAAAAUGUGUGGAAAUCGACAGAGAUGGUCGGUCGACAGUUGUAGCAAAUGGAAAUUCGAACGUGCCUGAAUCGGCCAAAAGCUCCACUGUUAGUCAGCCGUGAGUUUUUUGGAGUUUGUGAUAGAAGUGUGGGAGUUUUAAUGUUAGGUUUGUGGUAAUAUGAUACGGAACAUUACGAAUUAUCGAAAUUGCAAUUUUUUUGGAAUUUUAAAUUUUUUAAGCUUAAAAAAUGGUGUAAAAAGCCCUGUUUUUCAAGCGGAAUCGAACUUUUUUGGAUUUUCGACUUUUCAAAUAAGUAUAACUUUUUUGUAAAGUAAGGUAAAAGUUUUGUUUUUUUAGCAGUGACAACACUUUUUUUUGUUUAACUAAGCCUAUGUUUCGAAUUUUAAAAUUUUAAAAAUUUUUAAAAAAGUUUUCUUACUGUAGGAUUGCUGUAAUGUACAUUUUGACCUUAUUCUAAUUGUGCCUUACGUUAGAUCUUCCUUUCCCUAGUUCUACAAGACAUAUCCUACCCUAGACCUACCGUACUCUAGAGUCUAGACCUACUUUACCCUACCUCAUUCUAUUCUACAAUACACUACCUUACCUUACGACACUCUAGGCUUCUUCUUUAUAUUAGUAAUUGAAUACCUCAAAGCAAACCAAUAAAUAAUCGAUUGCAGUUUCAGCCGCUGUAACUCGCAUCGGAAGUGGCGGACCCAUCUGAUGUCACGGCACAAGUACUUGAUUGUCAUUGGAAGUGUCCUUUUUGUUGACAUAUUGUUCUUGUUUCCGUAUUCGGGAAUUCAACUUGUCGCCUUUCUUCAAAUCAACAAGUUACUCGACUUGUCCCCAAAGUCGAGUCUUAUUCGCUAUGGCUUUCAGGUAGGGGUAGAUUUUGAUUUUUUUUUAAAUCGGUGGGGUAAUUAAGAGCUAGAAUAAAAUCUAGGGUAGGGAUUGAGCUGGGGCUGGGGCUAUAUUUAAAUUUUAAAUAAAAUUCAAAAUGGCCAUAUCUUUUUUUUCAGAUUCUGAUAGGAAUCCACUCAGUGUGCCAGCCUUUAUGCUACUUCAGAAUGAACGAAUUCAGAAGGCUAGCCUGUUGUUGUGCUCAGCCUAAGAUCUCCAGAUCCAAGUCUUUCAGUCAGUCCAAAGAAGGAUUGGCAUCUAAUGAUGAGGAAACAAACACUCCAUUACAAACCAAUCCAAGACAACAUCACUAUCAGGCACGCUAUCUUACACCGCCCGCUUUGCGGCGGUCUUGAUGGUUUUAAUUGUUUGCUGUGCUUUUUUUUACAUGGUUACUUUCCUAUCUAUGUAGUAAUUUUUAUAAUUUUUACAACCUACCCUACCCUACCCUACCCUACCCUACCCUACCCUACCCUACCCUACCCUACCCUACCCUACCCUACCCUACCCUACCCUACCCUACCCUACCCUACCCUACCCCCACCCUACCCUACCCUACCCUACCCUACCCUACCCUACCCCCACCCUACCCUACCCUACCCUACCCUACCCUACCCUACCCUACCCUACCCUACCCUACCCUACCCUACCUACCCUACCCACCCUAAUUUACCCUACUCUACUUUACCCUACCCUACCAUACCCUACCCUACCCUACCCUAUUCUACCUACCCUACCCUACCCACCCUACUUUACCCUACCCCUCUACACAACUUUGUGUUACCCUAAUUCCAUUAUACAAUGUUCUACUACACCUUUAAUCUAGCCUUAACAUUAGCUUUAAUGCUCUAAGCUUCUAGCCUUGUUGACAGGAUGUAUAAUAUAAAAUACCAAAAGUGUACUAUUCAUAUAAGUUUCAGACAAGUUUAUUUGCUUUUCAAACGUGUACAUACCUAUAUUUACGUGUUUUUCUUAAUAGUUUUUAUUGUAUAACUGAAACCUUUGUAAAUACUUGUAUGUUGAGAAUGAAAUGUGAUGAUACUGUUAUAUAACAUGCUAUACAAGAUAAUAAAAACUAACAUUAUUAGAUGGUUCUUUUUUGUGAUAUUGUUGUGGUUAAUGACUGUAUGCCUUUGUGUAUCAUGCCAGUUAAGAAAAAAUUUUCGUAAAAUUUGUGAAUUUUUAAUUUUUAAAGCUUUUGGCUUACUGUAAUAUUAAUAUAAAUAUUAUAGCCUAGUAUAACACAUAUUACACGCUUAAUGUGGUAUAUUAUACUAGUUGCUUUAAAGCUGUAAUAGCUUUAUUUUGGUUUUUUUUUGUAAAAUACGAAAUGAUAUUAUAGUUUACUGUUAUCAAUUUAGCCGAAACAACACAAGAUAAGCAGUGGCUCUAACACGGAUCCUAUCAACAAACGUCUUCGUCAUCAUCAUCAACAUCAGAAAGAGCAUCAGAGUGUGGGGCCAGUGCGUCGGCUGUCAAGACUUAUUAGCCAAAGUCUCCUGGAUUCGGAAACAGAAUCCGACUGUGGUUGCACUGACAGCGCACCGGAUUUGAUACUUCCGGCUGUCACUGUCAUCGUUCCUAAUGAGCAGGUACUUUAAAAUAAAAUUAGGAAAGGUCAGAAAUUUGUUAAAAAUGGGUUUUUUAACGUUUAGGUAACAUAACACAUAUUUUUGACACUUAGGUAACAAAAAAAUGUAUUUUUAUUGUUUAGUUAACAUUAAUUUUUUUUAUAAUUUAGGUAAUAAUAAAUUGUACUUUUUAAUUUGGGCAACAUCAAACAUAGGUUUGAGUUUUAGGUAACAAAAAAUUUUAUUUUUUUUAAUUUUAGGUAACAAAAAAGACUUUGUAUACUAAAAGCAGGGAUGAGAAAUAGUUCGGGCGCACUUUUGAGAAUCAGCCCGUUUUCAUUUUUUUUUCUCAGAGUGGCCUAGCUUAACUGUCAAGCCAGGCUAGGCCGAGCCGGGCCUACACAGCCAGUUUCUCACUGCUAUCUAAAAGUAGCCAAAUAUUGAUAAAACGUGUCUUCUGAAGUAUAGAAAAAUCAAAUUCAAAGUUUUUACUAGAUUAUUUUAGAUUGAAGAUCCAGAGCUUCCUCAUACUCCAACAGAAAGUGAGCUUGAACACAUUCUGGACUGCGGACUAGGCUCACCUUUCCUCGAAACCAAUUGGAACCGCGUGGUUGGAGCUAGUCUUCGUUUCAGAGGCAAUUUCCCUGUAGGUUCUAUGUUGUAUUUUAGUUCGUUUCGCUAGAUUUCAGGCUUAAUUUUACUAUAUAUUAGGCUUAAAAAUUAAAAACUUUAGAAAAUUUGUAAUUUUUAGUUUUUGAAAUAUAAAAAAGUGAGAAAUAAGUUAAAAAUAAUCUUAGGAUGAUGAGCAAGCCCGUCACAAACUAAGCACGUUGUCUGAUAUGCGAUCGUCAACUUGUUUUGAGAGAGAAUCGUUUUGCUUGCCAAGCGAUUGCGAAGACAAUGAUGACAAUGACCAUGAAAAUGUAUCCAGAAGAAGCUCUCACAGGCCAUAA